GUAUAGGUGACAGUUUUGGAUUGUUGGUGUUUCGUUGAAAAUUCGUAUUUCCGUCUUUUAAUCUAUUUUCAAUGAAAAUGUAAUACCUAAUUGUUAUACUUCAAUAUAUUACAUUUGUAGUGACACACAAAAUGAAUGAAAUGUUGUGUCGGUUAUGUUGUCAGAACUAUGGUACUACUCACAUCUUUAGUAAAGUUAAAGACAUGUUACUAUGUACAAAAAUAAUGUAUUGCUGUUCAAAUAUAAACAUACACGACGGUGAUGGUCUUCCAUCCCAUAUUUGCAGCAGUUGUGAAAGUGAGCUCGCAAUAUGUUACCAAUUUGUACUAAAAUGCGAAUCCUCCGAUAAGAAGUUACGAUCUCAAUCUUUAGAAAUAAACUCCCAAAUUCUAUCAGACUCUUCACCAAAAAUUGAAGUAAAACUAGAAUGUAACAGCGACGAUGACCAUUAUUACAAUGAUUUACAAUUUGAAUCAGCACAUAGGAAAUUAGAAAUUAAAUUAGAAUGCGCUGUUUCUAAAAUAUCAGCUAAACGAAAAUCACCCAAACAGAAAUGUAAACACAAAAGUGAGCAGUGUACAUGCUUAGUGUGUGGCCGACAAUGUGCUAACCCAUCAACAUUCAAGAUCCACAUGAGAUCCCAUACCAAUGAGAAACCAUAUGCAUGUCCUUCAUGUGAGAAGUGUUACAAAGACAGGGGAACAUUAAAACGACAUAUAGAAAGAACACAUCUUUCAGAUAAACGACAACGAAACUUCAUUUGUGAAAAUUGUGGCAAAGGUUUUUUUUCCAAGAAUGAUGUGAAAAUUCAUAUGCGGACACAUACAGGUGAAACACCAUAUAGUUGUUCCAUGUGUUCACUGAGGUUCACACAGAUCAGUGCAUUACAGAGGCACAAGAAACGCCAUACUGGUGAGAAGGACCAUCUGUGUACAGCUUGUCCAAAGAGAUUUUGUACCAAAGAGGAACUAAAAAAUCACCUAACUGUACACACAACUGAGAAACAUUUUGCAUGUCCACUUUGUAAUGUGCAAUUCAAGUACCAAAACAAUUUGAGGAAACAUGUGAGGCUGCACUCAGAACCAAACAGAUUUGUGUGUAACCAUUGCGGACGCACAUUCAAUGUGAAGGGCAAUCUCAAGGUCCACAUAGAUAAACAACAUUCUGAGAAGUCAGGCCAUUGCACCAUUUGCUUGAAAAAUGUACCUAACAUAGAAGUGCACAUGUGGAGACACAAUGGCCAAAGACCUCUGAAGUGUGAACUCUGUCCCAGCAGUUUUUAUGAGCAGAAUGCUUUAGUCCGUCACAUGAACUUUAGACAUAAGAAGACUGACAGAUAUAAGUGUGAAGUAGCUGACUGUCUAAUGAGCUUCCCGUCAAGGCCUAUGCUGGACUUCCACACAGCCAAACUCCAUGGAACUCAUAUUCCAUUCCCAUGUGACAGGUGCUCACGGUCAUUUUAUAGAAAGAGUGAUCUUGCCAGACACAAAAUUGGUACUCAUAAAGAGAGACUAAGCUAAGAAGUUUUAAAACAAAGUUAUUUAUUCAAGCUUAAGCCAAUUUGUAACAAUACCAAAUAUUAUUUGUGAAUUUUAUUAUUUAUUGAAUGGUAUCUAGUCCAAAAAUUAUAAUAACUACAAUGAAGCUAGGUUUCAUGUCUAAACAAUAAAAUCUUGCCAAGUAUGUUGGUUGUUUAUAGAACCUGAUUAUAAUUCCAAGCAAUAGUUGUGCUUCAUACAACUAAUAAGAUACACAAUAUAAAAGGUAAGAACACAGGUGGUAGGAUGCAAGAGUAAAACAAAAUAAAUGUUACACAAUAUUUAUUUUUAGUGCUGAUGAAUAUCAUGAUCCAUGAUCCAAAUCAAACCGUAUCACAGUCCGCUACAGAUUAUUAGUAACUAAAGCUCUUGAACACAGAUGUGAAUGAAAACAUUGAACAGAACAAGAAUUGAGGUAUGUAGGUAGAAAGAAUAAAUAUACUCUGUUUACUCCUGUACAAUUGGCUAAUAUAUAAACAUCUGUAGACAGCAUGUAAGUAUGCCCAAACAAAACUACUCAUAACCCAAUACAUUUCUCUUCAUAAUUAUAGUCAAAAUCAUUUCAUUUUAAUAUUAUUCUAUUCUAUAAUAUGUCAUCAACACAUGUUUUGUACAAAACAAUAACCCUUAUAAAUAUAAUGUGAACUAGUCAAUUAUUUACAUGAAAUCUAUAAGUUUUCAAAUAUAGAAAAACUAUUGCGUAAAUAAAAAUAUAUCAAUUGCACACAUUACAAUCAGAUUUUUGAUCCAGUCAAAAUAUAAUCGCUGAAUAUAAAUAUUCAUUGCAUUAAAUAAUAAAGUUUAAAUAAUAACAGUUUGCGAACUUCAUAAAUUAUGCAAACAUCAGUCAACAACAUUAAAUAAGUAAUUCACGUAAGUCCAUGUCGCGCUACAAGCAGCCACAUGCAACCGGUACGUACGUACAUUACGCGACUACGUAAAUAUUCACCUAACUAUAUAUUCUAUACAGCUAACUACAAAUAAAACUUCGCGAAAAUUAGCACCAGAGAAAUUUAGGAUACCAUUAGUUGUAUACAAUCGAGUCGAUGUAACCGAUUACACUAGCAUUAUCGAUAGAGAAUACUUACUAAGCUAAGUAUUCGGGGAGUGAAACUAUGACCAAAUGCGGGUGUUCCGAUAUAAAAAGCUAUAAUCCUGUCCUACCUAGCAAUAAUUUGUAUACUUCCACGGCACGGCAUCGGCUUGUCGAGAGCCAGACACUCGAGUCGACGCCGAAAACCGCAAUUUCUCUAGCUACUUGCGUCACUACGGGCCCCGCCCACGCGAGCCCGGUCCAACUAAACUAAGGAUUUCAUAAGAAACCGUGCGUACACAGAGCGAGCGACAGCGGCCGCGGCGGGCGUCAGUUGAUGGCCUGCUCCGUCAUCUGCAGGCACAGCGCGUCCAGGCUCGAGUAGUGGUCCGCCGCCGCCGCCGGCGCGCGCGCCCCCGCGCCCGCGCCCCCGCCUGACCCCGCC